UGUUCCAUCUUGCAUGAUCAAUUGUGACACUUCAGCCAUUAGGGUCAUCUUUUUAGGUCGUUCCAAUUCUGAUAAGGCCUUGAUCUACCAAGAUUGUGAGUUUGUGUAUGCUUCAGCUUAUUGCAAACCCUCUUGAUUCAGUCCACUCCAGUUUCUUCACUGGAAGGCUUUGUUCCGAAUAGAAUUUGUGACAUCUCUCUGGAGGCAGCGCGGUUGCAUGUGAGAUCAAUGUCUGGAUGAUCAAGUAUAAUUGUGAGAGUUAGUCUGUCUUGAUGGAGAUUAGAUGAAACAGACCCUCUUCUGAUCAAGUGCAAGAUCAAGACAGCACGAUGCCUGUGAAACCAGAACCACCUGAUGUGUUAUACGUCACAGAAUCAGGAGAUGGUCAGUUGACCGCCUCAGCUCUGCCUCCACCUGAUGGUGCCAGUCACCAGCCAGUACAGCAAGUCUUACCGCCACCUCCUUCAUUGGUACCGCGCCCUCAGCUGACUGGCUUCCAUCCUGCUCCAGUUCGUAUACCAUCAGGAUUUGUUCCUGGGCCACCACCUAUCAGAAUGCCACCUAGGAUUCCAUCGCAACAACUGCCGAACAGACAAUCAAUCGCCUCACUACCUCAAGGUCAAACAGUACCACAGAUGAUGACCUGUCAAAUGAUGGGUCAGGUACCACCUGAUAUGCCUGGGCAGAUGUAUCCACUGCCAAAUGGUCAGAUGCCUUCUGUUACGCCUAUGCCCCCCGUUCCUCAAAUGCCGGUACAACCAAAUGAACAACCUGCAAGCCAGCCAAUCACCCCUGUGAAUACUGAACCCAAGGUUGCUCCACCAAAUGCGGACGAUGACAAGGAUGCUCCUGACAGUGCAUCUCGGAGAGGUAUCUUUGGCUGGUCAACAAUCUCGAAAGAAAACCUCCCGGUAUUAUUCAGAAAGGAAGAAAAAUUUGUGGCCGUCAGAAUGGUUGAGUUCAAACUUUUGUCACGUUUUCCCAAUAUGUUUCCUGAGAAACUCAAAGACAGACCACCUUUACACAGUUUCUAUGCUACAGAGCAUGAAGUUAAACUACUCAACGAAAUUAAUUACGAACAUUGCGAUUUUGAGUUUGGUCAUGAACCAUUUUCAACCAAAGAUUUGGUGGUCAAACUGCAGGAAUUCGAGGCCUUCUAUGAUGCUGUUGAACAAAGUUUUCCUCAAAAUCUCCUCGAGAAUAUGAAAUUUGAUCGUAAUCGCAUUGUGAGAGGUGGUUGGGUGCAGAUUAACAAUACAGUGGUGCCAUACUUGUAUCGUCAAAAGCAACGUUUUGUUCCACUCAAGGUUAUCCGAUAUGCUGCAACGUUACUGAUCAGCCCGGCGAUUGAUGGGCAGGAUGCACGUCAGGAGGAAAGUGACUAUCUAAAUCACAUCUGUAAAGAUGCUGGCAUUAGCUUUGACUUUGAUACUACAACUAAACUCGUUAGUAUCGACCUUGUAUGUAUGCUUUGUCAGCCUAUAAUCCAUGAAUUACCCUCGAAAAGUCCUUUCGAAAAUGCAAAAUUUGUUGAAGUACCACCGCCGCAACCUGUCCCACCGCCACCACCGUUACAUGGAUUGUCAAAUAUGAUGAACAGUAUACCAUACACGGGUGUUCCACCAAAUGUCACCAUACCACAGUCUUUUCCUAGAGGACCAGCACCACAAUUAGCAGGGCCUGCGUCUUCGGCAGUACGUCCCCCAGCAUCUGUAUCAAGUCAGCUGCCCUCAUCUGGAAGUGCCACUACCCAUAAUAGCCCACCUGUGGUGACCAACACGGGAGCAUCACCGCCUGGAACUAGAGCUCCUCCAAUGCAUUCUUUGCCUUGUCCACGUCAUCCAGGGAGUUACAUGUUUGGUGGAGGGAAUGCUUACUUCCAGCCACUUUCUGAACGAUUUCCUGGUGGCCCUGCUUGUCCUACAUCAGACACUGGUGUACCAAGUACCAAGCAAUCCCCACCCAUUACUGGGCCUACACCACUGCCAACAUCGACUCAACAACAGAUGUUCGGACCGAGCAUGUUUCCCCCCGGUCAUAGAGGUUACAUGCCACCACCCUAUAUGUAUCCUGGUCACAUGAUGCCACCACAUGGAAUGCCGUGUGGUUUACCACCACCGUACCAAGAGCAACCCACAGGCAACAAGAACAAAGAAACAGCAGCAAACAGACGAAGAAGAUCUUCGGAAAAUUCACGCUCAAGAGGAUCUACACCUGUCCAAUUCCAACCCGAUAGAAGAUCUAGUGGUGAUAUUGUAUCUCCUACAGCUGCACUAAGCCGAACGUCAUCAACAGACUCCUUGAAUAAUGCUGGUACCUCACCCUCUGCUGUUCCAAGGCCAGGAUCACGUGGCAGUGACACUCCGUCUUACGGGAGGGCAAGUCGACAGGGGGACCUGGUCAUCCAAACCACCUUACCAAGUGGAAAUGUGCCAAGUAGCUCUCCAAAUCCACCACUUGGACCAAGGCCAUCUGCGACUCCUUUGCCGAUAUUAAAUGUGCCGAGCUUUUCUUCAUCAGUGAGGCCAAGUAUCUCACAAGCUCCGCCAUUUCCAAAUCAGAAUUUACCAGGAUACGGUAUGACAGGCUAUGGUUAUCAGCCGUGCCCUGUAUAUAGUUAUCAAGAAAAUAUGCCGACUUUAAAUGUCAGCAGUGCGUCUCCAAUGAACAGCAUGCCUGGUGUACCAGUCUCUGUGCCUGGUAACUUAAAUCCACCCACAACCCAACUCGCCGCAACUGGACAGCCUGUGCCUGUCAGCUUGGAGCACAUUCCACAGUCAGUUAAAAUAACCACCAAGGACCACUUUGGUGUAACUUUACCUACAGUACAAAGGGAGGGUUCUGAAUUUGCUUUAAUUGAGGACGUUGUGAGGCAGUGCUUCCCCCUUCUGUCAAUGCCCAAGUUUCUAUAUGCUGUGGAAGAUGUUCUUUGUGUUCCAUUGCAAGUUUGCACUGCUGAGAUAGAGCGUUCAUUUAUUUCCAACCUGAUGAACUUAAAUGGACAGCUUCAGUGUUCCAAGUUGAUUUCAAUCGAACAAUUGAAAGAGUAUCUCCCUCAGUUGAAGUAUAUGUUCAAGGAAAACGUCAAUCCUCUUGUUAUGGAAUAUUUUGAAAAGUUGAACUCUUCGGAUAGUGUGGGUGAUGAGAAAACAGAAGCUUCUGACAAUGUUGACGGACACGAGGAAGUUUCAGAGCCGCGGGGUGCAGUGCAAACAAUCGUCAUCGACAGCGAUGAUGAUGAUACUCCCAGUGGACAGUUGACAGCUUCGAAAUUGGGCACUUGCUUGAAAAAAUCUGGAUCUGAGGUUACAAUGAAAAUUAAAAGGAAGAAUAGUGCAACUGCUGAAAGAAUUGAAGAAAUUAUUUCAGCCGUGAUAGAACAAUAUUCUAAACCUGAGCCGGGGGAAGCAAACUUACAGACUGAGUUACAAUCUAAGGCCGAGUUACAAAGUAAAUUACAAGUUUGUGAUGGGGGACGGAUGAUUGUAAAAACUUCAGAAGAAUUAUUAAGUGCUCAAGCUAAGGCAGAUAAUCUGCUUUCUUGUAUUUCAAAGCAAACACAAAAUGAUGAUGAUACUCAAGUGCCUGUUAAUACUGAUGGCGGUAGUGGAGACGAACAAACUGUGGAGGAGAGAGUGAAACAAAUUCUGAACGAUGCUCAAAAGUUAAAAGAUAAAGAAGAUAAAAUUCUGUUGUCUCUUGUUAAAGCUAAUGGUGCUAGUAAUAAGAAUGUGCAAGAGUUUACACCAAAAAUUGUCGAGACAGUUUCGUUGGCUGAACAAAUGGAGAAUGUAAGGUCUAUACAGGAUGACGCUGCACCAGCAUUGGACACUUUAAAGACCAAGAAACCGUGCUCCGUUGAAAGUGUAUCUUUACAUCCAAAUGAUAGUGAAGUGUCCCAAGGUUCAACUAAAACUGUCUGUGCUGAUGCAAUAAUUGAGAAUACGGACAACCAGCAACAGAAUAGUCGGGAGUGUAAUGAACAAAAUAAUAACUUUCAUAGUAAGAUCAUCAAUAACCAAUCAGAUGCCUCUGGAACUGUUGAAACUGUUUCUGAAUCUCUGCUAAGCAGUGAAGAUUUGGGUUUAAAAGAUGUUGAAAAAAGAAGGCUUUCUGGGGAAUGUGAGCCAAGGAUUCUUAAUACUCAAUCUUUAGCUGGGCAAAUUGGUGGAAAGUCACUAAAAGUUGGUGAGACUGUGUCAUUGGACAGUCCGGAGGGUGGUAGUGAGGCUGUUGCAUUAUCAGCAAGAAGUGAAUCGUACGACGGGACAGGCUUGGAUGCGACGAAGGAUAGUAGUGUGCCUGGAGACUGUGCAACUUUAUCGAGAUGUCAGCUCAAGGUCGUUGAUGUUGUGUCAUUAUCUGAAUCUAAAGGUGUUGAGAGUUCUGUCCUUUGGGAUAAUUGGGACUCUGAUUCCAAUAUGUCAGGAGGAAGGCCAAUAAUUCUUAAUCGAGACACAAUCAACGACAUCAAAAAUGGUCCUUCACUUUCCUCUGUGGAACCCGAAGGUGGCACUGGUGAUAUUGAGGUGCUAAGGAGUUCAGAAAGUUGUGAGCUCAAAAUCACAGAGACUGUCUCAUUGGCAAAGCCUGUGGAGGUACAGAAGUCCGUGAAAGACAGUGGUGUUGGAGCUAAUACCUACCUGCAGGGAGUUGAGCUGGAAUCGGUGCCAACUUCAGCAGCAGGAGAUAAAUCAAUGGAACCUGUUACUACCUUAGAUAGUAGUGCUGAGAACGAUGGACUUGAUGAUUCUGUUGUCGUAAUAAGUGAGGAUUUCUCGAGAAAGCCAAGCAACUCAUCAAAUAAGAGUUGUACGAAGAGUGUUAGCCCUGUUUCAGGGGUACUCUCUGAGAAUAACCAGGAUUCAUGCCUAAAAAUAGUCUCUGUUGUUGGUGGUUGUGACCGACCCGGAUCUUGUCAAAAUAGCACGGAGAAUAAUCAUAACGUGACAACAUCUGAAAGUGGGCGGCCAAAAGUUCUUUCUGUUGGUAGUAAGAGUAAGAUUGUCAUUGCUCCGUCAACUAGUCAAAAGUUCCAUGUCUCUAUCUUGAAUCAGGGUAUCGGUGUGAAAAGAAGCCAUAGUGAUUCAUGCGAUGCUCAACCGAGCAAGAGAAUCAUGAUUAAAGUGGAGAACAAUAACAACCCAAUCAAACAAGCAAAUAAGGAUGAGACAGUGAUUAUCAAACAUAAUGCAAAUGAUGGCUCUGUAACUGAAGUUGUCUGCAUUGACUGAUCAUGUUACUCCAUUCACCCUUCCGGAACCAACUGUAAUUUUCUCCUUAAACUAAGUGUUUUCAUGUAAUCCAGUUUUGAUUUUGCUGAUCCAUAAAACCUACCUGACUUGUUAUUUGGGUACAGAAAUUUCUAGUCAAUUGCAUUUUUCUGUUUGACUUGAGCCGAGUUAGUUGUCUGCUAGUCUGGGAAAGCUUGCAUGGUGAUAACCAGGCAGUAUGCAUUUUUAACUACAUGUACAUGUAUAUGUAUAUCUGCAAAAAAAGGUUCAACCACUGAAUACUAUAGUACUAGUAUUUGAGAUGAUGUGAGUUCUGAAAACUUGCUUGGAAGUCCUACUCUGAGCUGGCCGAAUCCUCGUAUCUAUUGGUUCUGGAAGGUUUGGUGCCUGGAAAUACUCAUUUUUAUAAGCUGAUGGGGAGGGACAUUGUUAAACUUGUUCUGUUUUGUUGGUCUGUAUCCCUGCUUGCUGUUCCUUAUGUUUUAAAUGUUGGCCUAGUUGGUUUCCUAUGUUUUUUUGGCUGCAUUCUUGGAAGACAGUCAUAGUUCCUCUAAAGUCUUUAGUUUAUGUCCAGUGAUUGCUUGUUAGAUAUCAAGAGCUAAGCAUUUACUAUGAGAACCUCAUUGGUUGUGGUCUGACAAAUUCCAAGUCCUGUGAACUACUGUCUCGUUAAAAACAGCUUAUUGAUAUGUUUCUGUUUUCAAUAUUUGUAUUUCAAAUUUCUGUCAGGCUGCGGAUUCAACCAAAUUCUCAUAGCAUAACAAAUCUUCACCCUUAGAAGGACAUUUUUACCGAUAGCUUUUAGUAACAAAAAUGCAAGAAAAGUGCUAUCAUUGGCUAACUGAAACUCUUGCGUGUUGAAAUUGUUAUGGCUUACAAGCAUGAAUGACUGGUUAUCAAUAUUUUAGUCACUCUGCCCUAUUUUUUGUACAUCCUUCAAUAUUGUUUGGUGCAUGUGCACGGCACAAUGUGCCAGUAUCGAAGUACCAGAGCAAUAAUCAUUAUUCUAAAAUAUAUAGCAGUAAGAACAUCAAUAAUCAAUUCAGCUCCAUACAAAAGUCAAUUUUUUUCAUUUCUUUUUCCUGAGGCGAAUAUUGCCGUUGCCGUUCAAAUUAAUGUCUGUAUUUGUUGAAAUAUGACUCAUGCAUUCAUGGCUUUAUUGGGGAAGCAUUGUCACACCCAGAAUUUUGUUCCACAUUGGAAUAUAAUAAUGUUAUUGUAUUGAUUCAAAUUGAGUAACAAUAGAUGCUGUUCUCCAUUGUGCUGCGCUGAGCUUGCAAUAAAUUUCAGUUUUGAUAUUGGCUUUCUGUAUAGCCAUCGUAUAUUGAGCAAAUCCAACCAUUGUUGCUUAGGUGAUGAAAAAUCUAUUUCAUGAAAAAGCCUUAUCAGGAAUGGGUAUCCUUUUGUUUGGAAAGGAAACAUUUCCCAAUAAGACCGUUAUCUUGAAUCGAACUCAUUAUUUUCAUUAUCAGAAGAAAGUUAAAAUCUUUACUGUUUCUGAAUAAGUACGACCUAUGUAUUUUACAAAAUACAAGUUUCUAUUUCAUUGGGAUAUUGUGUAUGCAGAAUGUCCAUGUCUGGGGUGAUGUAAUUUUAGGUAACUGUACAUAGGUACAUAUACAUGUACGUGUAUGAAUAUUUGUUCAUAAAACCUGUUUUGUGGAUAGCACAUUACAUGUUCAGUGUGAAAAUUAAAUUUACAUGACCCAGCAUUUCGGUGGUGGGUGUUCUCAGGGAACAUCUCGAAAUGGUUGAUGCCAUGCAGGAUGAAAUAUUUUCAUCAGGGGACGGGAUCAGCCGUUUUCCUCCCUCUUGUUUCAUCCAAAUGAAAAGUUGAUGCCAGACAUCUGUCUUUUUCAUCCAUCUCUUUUCAUCAUGUAUGUGGAUAAGAGGGUUAAGAGACAGAUGUAAAAAGUAACUCAUGGCAUUAGGCAAUUUUUAGAUGAUCCCUGAUAUCCAUUUUUUUUCUUAUAAGUCUAGAUCUGUAUUCUUUAUUAUAUACUCAUUUGAAGAAGCCAACUCUUUAAUUUGUUCAAACACAUUUUCGAAAUUCACAGUGAGAUGUGUUCAAUAUCUGUAUUGUUUGGUUAUUAUCAUAUCCUGUUUCUUAUUAGUAUGUCAUGUUGUUGUACAUCUUUGCUACUAUUGCCCCUCGCAGCAAUUUGGUAAUUCCCCUCAGUAUUGGACCAGUAAAGCGACAUCAUGCUUCUUCAGCGCAUAAAUCAUUGGCCAGAUGCCGACUGGAAGGCCCAAAAUGCUGCUUGAGGGAAGUGGCAAAUGAUUAAGUUCUCAAAUUAUUUCACUGUGCUGAAUUAACAUUUAGAAUUCUCCACUGAGUGUGGUGAUCAUGUUUUCACAGAUGACUGAUUUUCCAAAAUACAGUUACUUAUUUUAUAGAUCAUAUGCAUACUUGUAAAGUUUUUAGGUUUAAUACAAAAUAUGAGAAC